UUUUAGUAAGGUUAUAAUUUUAAUUAAACAUUGUUAUUGUUAUGAAAACAUUUUAUAAAUUCUUGAGAAAAGGCACUUAAAAUGACAAAAUGUUCAUCUUGGCAGAGAUGAAAAAUGUGACGAGGAUACCACCAGAGCUAUUUAAUAUGAAACUGAAUGACGCAAUUGCUGGAGAAUUAAAUGAAAAGCUGGCUAAUAAAGUAGUUCUUAAUGUUGGCCUCUGCAUUGCCCUGUACGAUAUAAUCAGUCUUAAAGAAUCAUUUAUAAUACCUGGAGAUGGAGCUUCUCACACUCGAGUAAAUUUUCGCUUUAUAGUGUUUCGACCUUUUAUAGAAGAAAUUCUUGUUGGAAAAAUCAGGAGUUGCAGCCAGGAAGGCGUUCACGUAACUUUAGGAUUCUUUGAGGACAUUAUAAUACCUCCGACUGCUUUACAACAUCCCUCUAAAUUCAAUGAAACUGAACAAGCAUGGGUUUGGGAGUAUGAUACUGGAGAUGGCAGUAAACAUGAUCUUUUUAUGGAUGCUGGAGAGACUAUAAGGUUUAGGGUGACUGCUGAGGCUUUUAAUGAGACUUGUCCCACUGGACCAACUACAAUUCAGGAUUCUCAAGAGAAUACAGAAAGCAAAAUACCAUAUAUGCUUACAGGAAGUAUAAACGAACCUGGUUUGGGAUUGUUAACCUGGUGGGACAAUUAAACUUUUUAUUACAAAUAUUUUUUACUUUUAUUGUUGAAAUAAAUUACUUAAAACGCU